UAAUCUGGCCCACCUGGCACAAGAGAGCAGGAACCAGAUCAGCCUUGGAAGACCUACCAAGAAGAUCACCUUUGUCACCAAUGGACUGGUCAGCAACCUCCAGUCUUAUGGAUCAGAUGUCUUCUCUAUGUGCAGUGGAGUCACCACCUACAUGGCUUAUGAAGUUCAUGGACUCCAAGUCAAUCUGGGAUCAUGCAUUACCCUUGAUGUCCUGAGAGUCGUGGAUCUGAAGUACUGCACUGGCAAUGGCAAUGGACAAUCUCAGCAGAUUCCCGGCGACAUCUUCAACAACACGCAAGGCAGCAUCUUCAACAACACGCAAGUCAUCAUUGGGGGCCAGUCCCAAGUUGUGACCAUCAACAGGCAAUGGCGUGUGGCAGUCAUUGAGCAACGAAGCUUCAGUGGGUCCUGGAAAACCAUCUGGAACUACAACACGGGCGUCAUUGCAACCAAAGUCACGCAACAGAACACCUGCUACAUUUCCAUCAUGAACAAAAAUGAGAUGCCCAGCUUCAAUAAUCUGGCCCGCCUGGCACAAGACAGCAGGAACCAGAUCGGCCUUGGAAGACCUACCAAGAAGAUCACCUUUGUCACCAAUGGACUGGUCAGCAACCUCCAGUCUUAUGGAUCAGAUGUCUUCUCUAUGUGCAGUGGAGUCACCACCUACAUGGCUUAUGAAGUUCAUGGACUCCAAGUCAAUCUGGGAUCAUGCAUUACCCUUGAUGUCCUGAGAGUCGUGGAUCUGAAGUACUGCACUGGCAAUGGCAAUGGACAAUCUCAGCAGAUUCCCGGCGACAUCUUCAACAACACGCAAGGCAGCAUCUUCAACAACACGCAAGUCAUCAUUGGGGGCCAGUCCCAAGUUGUGACCAUCAACAGGCAAUGGCGUGUGGCAGUCAUUGAGCAACGAAGCUUCAGUGGGUCCUGGAAAACCAUCUGGAACUACAACACGGGUGUCAUUGUCACCAAAGUCACACAACAGAACACCUGCUACAUUUCCAUCAUGAACAGAAGUGAGAUGCCCCACUUUGAUAACCUGGCUCACCUGGCAGAAGAGAGCAGGAUCAGUUUUGGAAGACCUACCAAGAAGAUCACCUUUGUCACCAAUGGACUGGUCAGCAACCUCCAGUCUUAUGGAUCAGAUGUCUUCUCUAUGUGCAGUGGAGUCACCACCUACAUGGCUUAUGAAGUUCAUGGUUUCCAAGGACCCAAGGUGAAUCCUGGAUCAUGCAUUACCCUCGAUGUCCUGAGAGUCGUGGAUCUGAAAUACUGUACUGGUAAUUUCCAUGGCAAUGGACAGCAGACAGGUAACAACUGCCAUUUCUCUGGUGCGUGUGUUUACCAAAACAUGACCCUCAGUAGCCAAACCCAUGAGGUGAUUAUCGAGCAAAGGAGUGAGCAGCUCUCAUGGAAAACCAUCUGGAACUACAACACGGGCAUCAUUGCAACCAAAGUGGUGCAAGAGAGAACGUGCUACAUUUCCACCAUGAAUAGAAAUGAGAUGCCCACCUUUGAUGCCCUCGUCAGAUAUGCUUCAGAGAACAAGAACCAGAUCGGUCUUGGAAGACCUACCAAGAAAAUCACCUUUGUCACCAAUGGACUGGUCAGCAACCUCCAGUCUUAUGGAUCAGAUGUCUUCUCUAUGUGCAGUGGAGUCACCACCUACAUGGCUUAUGAAGUUCAUGGACCCCAGCUGAAUCAGGGAUCAUGUAUCUCACUUGAUGUCCUCAAACUUGUGGACCUGAAUUAUUGUGGUGGCAAUAUCAAGGCCUGAAAAACUUAUCUUUCUUCAAUCAAGAACAGAGGCUCCGAGCUGCUGCCCAAGGCAAACCCUGAUGCAAUUCUUCCAUCACAUCUCCUUUUAGAGAUGGUCUUAGGGAUUUAGAUGCUGACACAGAU